ACCAACGGGGCGCUGGAUGCUGGAGGACCCUACUAUAUGAUCAGCCGUGCCCUGGGCCCGGAGUUUGGCGGCAGCAUCGGGAUCAUGUUUUUCCUGGCCAAUGUGUGUGGCAGUGCCCUCUACGUGCUGGGGCUGGUGGAGGCGGUGGUGGACAGCUUUGGGAUCCCACCUGGGCAAAAAGAGGGCAUGGGCGUCCAUGUCCUGCCCCAGAGCUACUGGUACGAGCUGCUCUAUGGCACUGUGCUGCUGGCCCUCUGCCUCCUUGUGUGCCUCGUGGGUGCCUCCAUCUAUGCCAAGGCCACCUUCCUCAUCUUCCUCAUCGUCGCAGGCGUGCUGGGCACCGUCCUUGUCAGCUUCUUUGCCAUGCAGCCCAUCAGGGUGCCUAUCCGCCUGCCCCACUUCAACGGCUCUGAGACCGAGAAUGGCUCCUUCACAGGCUUCUCGCUUGCCACCCUGCGAGACAACCUGAGGGGUGGGUAUGGCGUAGACUACACCACCGGGCAGAUGAUGAGCUUCAGCUCUGUCUUUGCAGUAAUGUUCAAUGGCUGCACCGGCAUCAUGGCAGGCUCCAACAUGUCAGGGGACCUGAAGCGCCCGAGCUACUCCAUCCCACGAGGCACAAUCUCUGCCGUGCUCUUCACCUACCUUGUCUACAACCUGCUGGCCUUCCUCAUGUGUGCCACCUGCAACAGGACCCUUCUGCAGAAAGACUACGGCUUCCUGCGUGACAUCAGUAUCUUCCCUCCCCUGGUCACCGUGGGCAUCUACGCUGCCACCCUCUCUGCGGCCAUGAGCAACCUCAUUGGGGCAUCCCGCAUCCUCUAUGCCCUGGCACGGGAUGAUCUCUUCGGCCGGGCACUGGUGCUGGCCAAGAAGACGUCUGCCAAUGGGAACCCUGUGAUGGCAGUGAUCCUCUCCUGGCUGGUGGUGCAGCUGGUGCUCUUCUCCGGGAAGCUCAACACCAUCGCGGGGGUCGUGACUACCUUCUUCCUCCUGGUUUAUGCCACUGUCAACCUGGCUUGCCUGGCACUGGAGUGGGCAUCAGCCCCCAACUUCAGGCCCACCUUCCGGUACUUCACCUGGCACACGUGUCUGCUGGGCAUUGCGGGCUGUUGUGUCAUGAUGUUCCUCAUAAGCCCUGUGUCGGCCUCGGCGAGCCUGGGCUUCCUCCUCCUCCUCCUCCUCGCUCUCCACUAUCUCUCACCCAGCAGCACCUGGGGCUACAUCAGCCAGGCCCUCAUCUUCCACCAGGUGCGGAAAUACCUGCUGAUGCUGGAUGUGCGGAAGGACCACGUGAAGUUCUGGCGCCCACAGAUGCUGCUGAUGGUGCAGAACCCACGGGGCAGCACCCGCCUCAUUGACUUUGUCAAUGACCUCAAGAAGAGUGGCCUCUACGUCCUGGGCCACGUCGAGCUGCAAGACUUGGACACGCUGCCCUCGGACCCACUGCAGCCCCAGCAGGACUCGUGGCUGAGCUUGGUGGACAAGCUGAAUGUCAAGGCCUUCGUCAGCCUCACCCUGGCACCCUCGGUGCGGCACGGCGUCCGGCAGCUCCUCUUCACCUCCGGCCUCGGCGGGAUGCGCCCCAACACACUGGUAUUGGGCUUCUAUGACGACGCGGCACCGCAGGACAGUCUGGCCCGGCACCCUGCCUUCACCAGCGCCCGUGAGGAGGUCCCCUUGGGCUUCCCCCCAGUGCGGGCACCCACUGCCCCCAAGCUGCUGUCGGCCCGGGAGUACGUGGGCAUUGUGGCUGACGCCCUGAAGAUGCUUCGCAACGUCCUGCUGGCCCGACAACUGGAGAGCCUGGACAAGGCCUGGGAGCUGCGG